UGCAACGAUGAGGUGAAGCGGUUGUUUUCGUCGCCAUGGUUGUGAUUAGCUGGCUGUCAGUUGAUGUAUAACGGUAGUUACAACGGUAUUAACGCACUAUCCCGGGCUUUAGGGUAUCCCCUUUCUUCUGGAACUACUCCCGGACUAAGACUUUCACCCCAGCCUUUUUUUGGUGAGUUUAUCGCCAUGUUAUCAUCUGUUCCCACCAGGCUAAUUGCACGAAGGUCGCGCAGCCUGUCGCCUUGUAGCCGUGUGCUUCAGACCAGCGCAGGUGGCGCCACACGUCAGAGCAUCCGAGAUACAACCUCGGAGAACAACCGUAACCCCAUCGUGUCUACCUCCCGGGUCUCCAGGAGGGGCAUUUUGGCUGAUGAAAGCGCUGUCGCUGGUACUAACGUGAACCCGUCGGUGCAGUACCACCACCUCGCCCCUAGAUGGCUGUCCAACCUGGAGAAUCGCCGCAGCUCCUGGGCGGCUCUGGCCAGUAGAGGGCGCGGCAAUAACCAGUAUUGGGAGGAGAGCAGCGGAGGUGAGGGCCGGGGAGCCGGUGGCGGAGCCAACCGGGCAGGAGCGGCCUCUGUCGGUGUUCUCUCUGCUGCAGCAGUGGCCUUCUGCCUGAAGAAAGAUUCAGAUAAUAAAGGUGAUGCACUGCUGGAGGCAGCAAGGACCAAUAAUUCUCAAGAUGUGGCAAGGCUUUUGAAAGAGGGGGUUGACCCAAAUCAUCGACACCGUCUGGGUUGGACUGCUCUCAUGGUUGCUGCAAUGAACCGACAGCACAGCGUGGUGAAGGUUCUGAUAGAAGCUGGUGCUGACCCAAAUGCUGGAGACCACUUCAACAAUGUUUAUGACACCUCACGGGAGAAGGGCAUCCACUCACUGGAAGUCCUCGUGUCCAGAGAAGAUGAAUUCAGCAGCAGGCUUAGCAGCAGGGCUGGCUUCCGUGGCUGCACGGCACUUCACUACGCCACGCUGGCUGAUGACCCAAACACUGUCCGCAUGCUGCUGGAGGCUGGUGCAAACCCAAUGCAGACCAACAGUUUGGGACACACACCGCGGGCCUAUGCUAAGGAGGGAGAAGUGAGCUCAGCGCUGCAGGAGUGGGAGAAAAAGUUCCAGGAGGCACAGGCUCGGCGGGAGGCAGAGGAGAGGAGGAGGUUCCCCCUGGAGAGAAGGCUGAAGGAACAUAUCAUUGGACAAGAGGGGGCCAUCAAUACUGUGGCCUCAGCCAUCAGGAGGAAAGAGAAUGGUUGGUACGAUGAAGAGCAUCCUCUUGUGUUCCUCUUCCUGGGCUCAUCAGGAAUCGGAAAGACAGAACUGGCCAAACAGGUGGCUCGCUACAUGCACAAAGACAUCAAAAAGGGUUUCAUUCGCAUGGACAUGUCUGAGUUCCAGGAAAAACACGAGGUAGCGAAGUUUAUCGGCUCUCCUCCAGGUUACGUAGGACAUGAAGAAGGGGGUCAGCUGACUAAGUUGUUGAAGGCGUGUCCCAAUGCUGUGGUCCUGUUUGAUGAAGUCGACAAGGCCCAUCCUGAUGUUCUUACCAUCAUGCUGCAGCUCUUUGAUGAGGGUCGCCUCACAGACGGUAAGGGGAAGACCAUUGAGUGUAAAGAUGCCAUCUUCAUCAUGACUUCCAAUGUUGCAAGUGAUGAAAUUGCUGAGCAUGCACUGCAGCUUCGUCAGGAGGCAGAGCAGGUCAGCCGCAGAAAACUGGCUGACAACCUGGAGGACGUGCAGAAAAGUGAUGACAUCAAAAUCUCUCGUCAGUUUAAAGAAUCUGUGAUUCGACCAAUCCUGAAGGCUCAGUUUCGGAGGGACGAAUUUCUUGGGCGGAUCAAUGAAAUUGUGUACUUCCUGCCAUUCUGUCACUCAGAGCUGCUGCAGCUGGUCAGCAAAGAGCUCAACUUCUGGGCUAAAAAGGCUAAGCAGCGCCAUGACAUCACACUUCAGUGGGAUCGGCCCGUUCUGGACCUGUUAGCAGGAGGCUACAACAUGCAUUACGGCGCCCGCUCCAUCAAACACGAGGUUGAGCGGCGAGUCGUCAAUCAGUUAGCAGCAGCAUACGAGCAGGAGCUGCUGCCCAAAGGUUGCACCCUGCGUCUGUCAGUCCAGUCAGAGGAUGAGGAGAAGCGGAACGCGCCAAGUCUACGCCUCGAGGUGCUGGGAGAGGACAGCUCGUCAAGAAUGCUGGACAUCCGCCCACCGCUCAGUCCUGAACACUAACAACCACAGAGGAAAUACACAGAUAGUUAUGCACAUAUUUAUACUAAACACACAAACACCAUAUCCAUCAUCAUCUUCAUGAUCAUCAUCAUCCUGUGUCAGGAGAAUUGAUGAUUUUUGGGUCUUGUUACCAAUAAAAGUACCUCUUAUAACA